GGAGCAUAAAGAUAUCCUACACUGCUGCAGUUCUGAAAGCUAAUCACAGUAGAUUUCACACGCUUAUAUAUAAACGCCAUUUAAGCUUCUUUUUUCCGCAUUUCCCUUUCACUUUUCUCCGGUGAACAACACCGGCUACCUACUCCGUCGAUGCCAAGUGUCGCCGGCGUUUAAGCUAGCUUUUUCCGUUGCAAUAAUGAAGAUAAUGAGUUGUUUCUACUGUAAUUUCAAGUUCAUUUUCCUUGCUUUUACGGCGAUAUGGAUCACUGCAAUGUCGUCGUCGUUAACCGCUGUUGAUGCUAUUAAUGUUAGUACUGGUAGUGUGACGUAUGAUCGACGGUCGUUGAUCAUUAAUGGUCAGAGGAAGCUGCUCAUCUCCGCUUCCAUUCAUUAUCCUCGCAGUGUCCCUGCCAUGUGGCCUGGUCUAGUUCAAUUGGCGAAGGAAGGAGGCGUGGAUGUUAUUGAAACAUAUGUUUUUUGGAAUGGCCAUGAAAUUUCUCCGGACAAUUAUUACUUUGGAGGAAGGUACGAUCUAGUCAAAUUCUGCAAGAUCGUUCAGCAGGCUGGAAUGUAUAUGAUUCUUCGGAUUGGACCAUUUGUUGCUGCAGAGUGGAACUUUGGUGGACUUCCUGUAUGGCUGCAUUAUGUGCCAGGUACCACUUUUCGGACUGAUAGCGAACCAUUCAAGCAUCACAUGCAGAAGUUCAUGACAUAUGUAGUGAACUUAAUGAAGAAAGAGAGGCUUUUUGCAUCUCAAGGAGGUCCAAUCAUCUUGUCACAGGUGGAAAAUGAGUAUGGCUACUAUGAAAAUGCAUAUGGAGAAGGAGGGAAGAGGUAUGCCUUAUGGGCUGCUAAAAUGGCCCUUUCUCAAAAUACUGGUGUACCUUGGAUAAUGUGCCAGCAGUAUGAUGCUCCUGAUCCUGUGAUUGACACAUGCAAUUCGUUUUACUGUGAUAAAUUUAAACCAAUCAAUCCAAACAAGCCCAAAAUUUGGACAGAGAACUGGCCAGGAUGGUUCAAGACAUUUGGGGCCAGAGAUCCUCACAGGCCUGCGGAAGAUGUUGCUUAUUCUGUGGCUCGUUUUUUCCAGAAAGGAGGAAGCGUGCAGAAUUAUUACAUGUACCAUGGUGGGACAAACUUUGGCAGGACGGCCGGUGGCCCUUUCAUUACCACAAGUUACGACUAUGACGCCCCAAUUGACGAAUAUGGUCUAGCAAGGUUUCCAAAGUGGGGUCACCUUAAAGAACUUCAUAAAGUCAUAAAAUUGUGUGAGCAUGCUCUGCUGAACAAUGAUCCUACUCUUCUUUCUCUAGGCCCUCUACAAGAGGCUGAUGUUUAUCAAGAUGCUUCAGGAGCUUGUGCUGCCUUUCUUGCCAAUUUGGAUGAUAAAAAUGACAAGGUGGUACAGUUCCGAAAUUCAUCGUACCACCUGCCAGCAUGGUCUGUUAGCAUUUUGCCAGACUGCCAAAAUGUAGUAUUCAACACAGCAAAGGUUGGAUGUCAAACAUCUGUAGUCAAUAUGGCACCCGUAGAUUUGCAUCCUACCGCAAGCUCACCAAAGAGAGACAUCAAAUCUCUUCAGUGGGAAAUCUUCAAGGAAAGAGCUGGAGUAUGGGGAGUUGCUGAUUUCACUAAUAACGGCUUUGUAGAUCACAUUAACACCACAAAAGACACUACAGACUACCUCUGGUACACAACAAGUAUUUCUGUUGAUAAGGAGGAAGAUUUAUUAAGAAACAGUGGCACUGCAAUGCUUUUGGUUGAAUCAAAGGGUCAUGCUAUGCAUGUCUUCAUCAAUCAAAAGCUUCAAGCCAGUGCAUCUGGAAAUGGCACAGUGCCACAAUUCAAGUUUAGAACUCCUAUUACACUCAAGGCAGGGAAGAAUGAAAUUGCCUUGUUGAGCAUGACUGUGGGCCUACAAACUGCUGGAUCGUUCUAUGAAUGGAUUGGAGCUGGUCCGACAAGUGUCAAAGUUGAAGGUUUCAAGAGUGGGACUCUGGACUUGUCUGCAUGUACUUGGACCUAUAAGAUUGGAUUACAAGGAGAACAUUUGAGGAUACAUAAGUCAUAUAACUUGAACAGUAAAAUCUGGGCACCGACUUCAGAGCCACCAAAGCAACAACCCCUGACAUGGUAUAAGGCAGUUGUAGAUGCGCCUCCUGGUAAUGAACCCGUUGCACUUGAUAUGAUUCAUAUGGGAAAAGGAAUGGCUUGGUUGAAUGGACAAGAAAUUGGAAGAUAUUGGCCCAGGAAAAGUUCUAAAUACGAGAAGUGUGUUACUCGAUGUGACUACAGAGGCAAAUUUAACCCUGAUAAAUGUUUCACUGGCUGUGGCGAACCUACACAGAGAUGGUAUCAUGUGCCACGAUCUUGGUUCAAGCCUUCAGGAAAUGUCUUGAUUAUCUUUGAGGAGACAGGUGGAGAUCCUUCUCAAAUUAGAUUCUCAAUGCGAAAGGUCUCUGGAGCUUGUGGUCAUCUUUCAGAGGACCAUCCAUACUUUGAUGUUGAAAAUCUGCAAGGAAGUGAAAUUGUGAACGAUAAAAACAGGGCAACUCUAAGUUUGAAAUGCCCCACAAAUACUACCAUUUCUGCUGUCAAAUUUGCCAGCUUUGGAAAUCCUACUGGUACAUGUGGCUCCUACGUGCAAGGAGACUGCCAUGAUUCAAAUUCUGCAUCGCUGGUCGAAAAGGUUUGCCUGAACCAAAAUGAGUGUGAGUUAGAAAUGUCCAGCGUAAACUUUAACAUGAAAUUGUGUCCAAGUACAGUAAAGAAACUUGCUGUUGAAGUGAAUUGCAGCUAAGCACCAUUGCCCAAAAAUGAAAGAUUCUAAUCCAUCUAUUUUGCUACAGUGAUGCUCAUUCUUAAACCUCUCUUACAUAGCAGAAAAAUCUGCUAUUUGUUCUUUUGUCUAUGAUUUGAAGUUUAAGAUAUGGUGACUGAUGUCUUGUACAACGAAAUAUUCAUAUUUAUUCAGUCGAAAUGCAAGAUUUAUUUGUGAA